AUGAACCAAAUUGAAAUCAAAACCACCAACUUUUCUCCAGAGCCCAAAUUGUUUUUUUUGGCCAUCUUUUUGGUAGACACGAUGACUCCAGAAGCUCUCCAGGCUGAAAUAAAGGAGCAGCACACGCUGCCUCUGGAGGCAGCAAAGGAGCGGGUGCUGCUGCUGCUGCAGGGGAAGCAGCAGCAGCGGCAGCAGCAGCAGCAGCAGCAGCAGCAGCAGCAAGAUGAGGACAGCGACGAAGAUGUGCAGUGUUUGGAAGUUGGCCGAAGGCUGAAGCUGCUUUGCCCCAUCACCUUUAUGCGGAUGGAGGAGCCGUGUCGCGGUCGUUUUUGCUGCCACGCGCAGUGCUUCGACUUGGGGGGCUUUUUGGAAAUAAAUAAAAACACAAAAGCUUUCAAUAGUCGCUGGAGAUGUCCUCAAUGUCAUUUGACAGUUUUGCCAAAAGACCUUUUCGUAGACUCUUUCUUCAAAACGCUGCUGCAGCAAACGCCCCCAGACGCCCCAGAGGUCGAACUCCAGGCGGACCUUUCUUACCGCGUGCUGUCGGACGAAGAGCUGAAGGCAGAGUCCAAGCGGGCGGAGCAGCAGCGGCAGUUGGCAGCAGAAGCCCUUUUGAAGCCCAAGGGAGAGGAGCCAGACACCACUGGGAAGGUCGCAUUUGAAGUCGUCGAUAUGCUCAGCGAAAGCGAAGCAGAAGAGACUCCAACAGCAGCAGCAGCAGCAGCACCAGCACCAGAAGCAGCAGCAGCAGCAGCAGAAACUGCAGCAGCAGCAGCAGCAGCUUCGGGGGCCCAGGGCCCCACCAGCAGUGCCACAGCAGCAGCAGCGCCGGGGGCUCCUGCUGCAGCUGACGGAUUUGCUGCUGCAGAUGGCAGGCGUAGGCCUGCUGCUGCUGCUGCUGCUGCUGCAGAGGACGACAGCAGCAGCAGCAGCAGCAGGUCUUCUGAUGAAGAGGGACAGAUGGGCCUCUCACUAAACGGCAGCGGCAUAUUUGGCGCUGCUUCUCAAGAGCCCCAAAAAGCAGCAGAAGUUCUUUGCCUCUCAGACUCUUCAGACGAUGAGCAGCAGCAGCAGCAGCAGCAGCAGCAGCAGCAGCAGCAGCGGGUGGCUGCAGCAGGUGCUGCUGUGAGCGGAAGCAAGCUGGGGGCUGAGGAGCCUCGUGUCCCGAGUCAGCCGUCGCAGCAGCAGCAGCAGCAGUAUCCGCUGCAGCAGCAGCAGCCAUCGCAGCACCAGCAGCAGCAGCAGCUAUCGCAGCAGCAGCAGCUAUCGCAGCAGCAGCCAUCGCAGCAGCAGCAGCAGCAGCAGCAGCGACCUGAUGGCGGAGGUGAGGUCAAUGCCCCCAUCGCACUGGACUCGGACACAGAUGAAGAAGAGCGGCAGCAGCAGCAGCAGCAGCAGCAGCAGCAGCAGCAACUGGGAGCUCCUGUGACUUCUGGGGGCCAAGGGGUCCCGUCUGAUUUAGUAGCUGCUGACAGGGCAGCUGCCACGCAAUGCCAAAGCAGCAGCAGCAGCAGCAGCAGCAGCAGCAGCAGCAGCAGCCGUGCCGAGGAUCAUGCGAGCAGCAGCAGCAGCAGAACAGAGGCCGCCGAGGGCUUGCGCUCUGCUGCUGUCUCCACUGAAGCAGCAGGAGGCCCUUCUGCUGGUGCUGCCUCAGCUGCUCCUGCUGCUUUAAGCAGCAGCAGCAGCAGCAGCAGCAGCAGCAGCAGCAGCAGCAGAGUUGAGCCGCAGCAGCAAGACACGGCACUCGAUUUCGCAGAAGCAACAGAAGCAGCAGCGCUGCUGGAGGAGAUCGACUGGGCAGCAGCAUCUCAGGCUUCUUCAGUUGGUGGGGGUUUUCCAGAAGCAACUCAGCCCCAAGCAGCAGCAGCAGCAGCAGCAGCAGCAGCAGCAGCAGCAGCGGCAGCAUCGCCUGCUGCUGCCGCUGCUGAACCAGCUGCUGCUGCAUCUCCUGCUGCUGCUGCCCCGCCUGCAGCAGCGCCAGUUGCUGCUGCUCUUGCAAGUGAGCAGACGCCGGCUGCAGCAGCAGCUGCAGCAGCAGUUGCUGCAGCAGCUGCAGCAGCAGCUGCUGCAGCAGCUGCAGCAAGAAGCCCUGUAGACCCAGAACAGAGAAAACCGGAGGCUCGUGCUGCCGCGGCAGAGGAACUCUUGCAGAUGCAGCAGCAGCUGCAGCAGCAGCCGCAGCAGCAGCAGCAGCAGCAGCAAGUGCAGCAGCAGCAGCAGCAGCAGCAGCAGCAGCAGCAAGUGCAGCAGCAGAAGCAGCAGCAGCAGCAAUGGUUUAGCAGUGAAGAUGGGCUACGCGCGCUGCAGGAGAGGUGCCAGCAGGAAUUGCUGCUGCGGCAGCGGCGCGCUUUUAUUCAGCAGCAGCAGCAGCAGCAGCUUUUGCAGAGCCGGCUGCUGAUGCUGCAGCCAAACAGAUACGCGGCCCUGCAGCAGCAGCGGCUUCUCCUGCAGCAGCAGCAGCAGCCAGCAGCGGCAGCAGCAGCAGCAGCAGCAGGUCAGCCCGGUGCAGCCCCUUGGCUCUUGCAGCCGCUGCUGCCGGGUGCAGCAGCAAGCAGCGUGGGUGCUGCACCGUCGGCUGCUGCCUCGUGGCCUGCUGUGCAGCAGCAGCAGCAACCGCAGCAGCAGCUGCAGCAGCAGCAGCUGCAGCAGCAGCAGCUGCAGCAGCAACAGCAGCAGGUGGCCGCGGGACUGCCGCUGCUGCUGAGCCUUCGCAGCACCCCGGCAGCAGCGCAGGCAGCAGUGCAGCAGCUGCUGACGACAGCGCAGAAGCAUGCAGAUGAAUCCACCCCACAGCAGCAGCAGCAGCAGCAGCAGCAGCAGCAGCAGCAGCAGCAGCAGCAGCAAGUGUCGAACCACGUGCAGCUAGCUGCGCGGCUCCCCGAGCUGCUGAGCCUCCGCAGCGGCCCCCAGGCAGCUCAGGCAACAGUGCAGCAGCUGCUGACGACUGCGCAGAAGCAUGCAGAUGAUUUAGCCAAGCAGCAGCAGCAGCAGCAGCAGCAGCAGCAGCAGCAGCAGCAGCAGGAGCCGGUGCCGCAGCAGCAGCAACAUGCCCAACAACCGCCAGCCUUAGAGAGGUGA